AUGCCUACGGCUCAGGGUGUUGGGAAAGGAAAUGCAACCGGGCGUGGAAUCUUGGAAACCAAAGUCAGUAGGUGUUAUCUGCCCGGAUUCAGUUUUGUGGAAGGGAAACAUUACCGAUUAGGGACGCUUACAGUCAUGGACCGGGACCGUGCACACAUGACUGAUGUUAACGUUUCCACUGGCAUCAUCCACGCCGACCACACUUCAAACGGUCGUCGUCAAUACAGUCAUUCCUUUCAAUCAGUUGUCACUGGGCGCCAGCUGGAACCAAUACGUCAUUUGAGGAAUAUUAAUAACAAGAGAUCCAUAAAGGAAACUACUCACAAGGUUGCUGAAAACCCUUCGACAGCCUACGACCGGUUUCGCCCCUUUUGGGGCUCAUCAGGUAGGCGUAGUCCCUGA